AUGUGCUCUUCUCUCAUCAGGCGGUUCCUGGAGACACAAGGCGCAGGUGCGAGCACCACCACCACCACCACCACCACCAGCAGCGGUGCGGCCAGCCUGGCAGCCACCGCUGGGGCGUGGUGUUCCUCUGCCUUCGCCACCACUCCCCACUUCCCCCCCGCUCCUCCCCCUCUCCCUCCUCCUCCUGCUGCUCAUCCUCCUCCUGCUGCGGCAGCUGUGACUGUGGCAGCACCACGACAGCGCACGGCGCCGUGGGUGGGAUGGGAGCUGGCAGCAGCGCUGCUCAACGACGACGAUGACAACAAUGCUGCCGUUGACGCUGCCGUUCACGCCGCCGUUCAUGCUUCUGCCUUCCAACCAAUACCAGUCGUGGCGGCAGGCGAGUCCGAGUGGAGUGCAGGCGAUGCAGCAACAGCCCUGCCGGAUCCGUUCGGUGUCUCGUGGGACCCCACAGCCGCACCCUCGUUGGGUGCACCCCCAUCCAUUAAUCUCCCCACACACCCGCUAGCCCCUGAAUCAUCCCCGCUCGCUCUCUCCUGCCGCCCCUCCUCGCCACCAAGCUCCUCCCUCACCCGCCAAUCCUCUAUCCCCGCCGAUUCCCUCGGCCUCGUCACCGAGCCUCACAGCCUCGUCACCGAACCUCACAGCCUCGUCACCGACCCUCACAGCCUCGUCACCGAACCUCACAGCCUCGUCACCAACCCUCACAGCCUCGUCACCGACCCUCACAUCCUCGUCACCGAACCUCACAGCCUCGUCACCAACGCUCAGGGUUUCAUCACCGAUCCCUAUAGCAUGCCCCCACUCCCACCGUUUAACCAUGCCCUCGCCUGCGCCCCUGCCUCCCGCUCUCCCUUCACCCCUCUGGCUACUGCGGCCCUCCAAGACAUUACCAACUCGUCCUCCUGCUGCGUGCCCCACCUCCCCCCUGCAAUGCUCACCACCAACCCCUCCGCCUCUCUGCCCCUCGCUGCCUCCUCACGCCCCUCCUCACGCCCCUCCUCCUCGCCCGCCUCCCUCCCUCGCCCACCGCACGCCACUCGCCCUGCCUCCGCGCCUGGCUUCCAGCGUGCCCUCCUGCGCUCCUACUCGCACUCACACGCGAUACCUGCGCUGCCCUUCCCGCCGUCCCUCCUCAAGUCCCACCAGCGGGUGCGUCCCUCACAGCGGCCCUACAUGGCGGCACCUCAACAGGCGAGCAUCAAUGGAUGGCAGGCGGUCACACCCACUGCCCCCCCCUCCACCACCCACGUGCGCUCCCCUGCUGCGCCCGCCACUCCUCUCUCCCGCCCGCACGGCAGCGCAGCAGCAGCGGGAGGGAGAAGGGGGGCGCGGAGGCGGGUGUGGGCGGGGAGGCAGGGGGGGCCGAUGGGUGAGGGGCAGCAGAGGGCGGCGUUCAUCGACAGCAUGGCGCGCUACCUGGGGCUGCCCUCCCCGCCUGCUCUCGCCCCCGCUUCUGCCCGCUCUGCACCUUUCACCACCACCACCACUGCUGCUGCUGCUGCGGGUGCCGGUGGUGGUGGAGGUGGAGGUGGUGAGAGGUGUGCAGCGGAUGCAGCAGGGAGGUGA